AUGCUGGCGGAGAUUCAGGAACGCAUUAUCAACUGUGUCUGCUGUCCCCGGCUCGUAGCGCAUCGCCAGCACGUGGCGGAUCAAAAGGUGCGCCGAUUUCGAAGCGAGUCCUAUUGGGGCAGACCCGUUCCCAGCUUCGGCGACCCGCUUGCUCGACUCUUGAUUAUCGGGUUGGCCCCGGCAGCCCAUGGUGCCAACCGCACGGGGCGCGCCUUCACAGGCGACCGCAGUGGCGAUUGGUUAUACGAAGCAUUACACCGCUACCGCUUUGCAAACCAGCCGGGUUCUUCCCACCGGCAAGACGGUCUCACCCCCCAUGAUUGCUUCAUCACACAGGUGAUUCGCUGCGCUCCACCCGACAAUAGACCCGAUCGUCAGGAAAUUGCAAACUGCCAGUCCUAUUUGCUGGACGAGUUGCGACUGCUAAUCAACGUACGUGUGGUCAUUCCGCUGGGACGACUCGCUUUCGACGCAUAUCUCCGCGCCUACCAACAGAUCGGUAACACUUUGCCAACGCCGCGUCCACACUUCGAGCAUGGAAAACUGACGCGCUUGCCAACUGGUCACGCCUUUUUGCCUUCGUAUCACCCAAGCCAGCAGAACACGCAAACGGGACGCCUGACACGCGCCAUGUUUCACCAAGUGUUUGCCGCUGCCCGGACGCUGCUUGAUGGGAAUUGCGGGGAAGGAUUGGGACUUACAGAUAGACCACGCGGCUGCUCAACUGCCCCUCAAAGAGGUGCACAAUCCCGUAACCGGGGGAGCCGGACCAGACCUUCGGAGCGGUGA